AUGGGACUGACUAUGGUCAAGUUUAAUGAUGAUGCUACUCGAGACCAUGUGCUUGAAAAUGGUAUCCUUCAAUUUGAUAGGAAACCAGUUAUCAUUCGUCCAUGGACUACUAAUCUCAGUCCAGCUCGCCUAAUCCGUUCAAUGCCUCUAUGGAUUAGGUUACAUGACUUAGGCCUUCAAUAUUGGGGUAGCAAAUGCCUUAGUGCUCUUGUGAGUACAAUAGGCAAACCAAUAAUGGUAGACAAAUUUACUCGAGAGGGAUCUAGAGUUCAAUUUGCAAGGGUCCUUGUGGAGAUGAAUAUCACAGAUAAUUCUCCUAGGAUUAUAAAAUACCUUAAUGAACAUGGUCAGCUUGUGGAACAAGGGGUGGACUAUGAAUGGGUUCCUAUUAAAUGUAAAUCUUGCUUGGGAUAUGGUCAUUCCAUUGUGGACUGUCGAAGGGAGAUGAAAACUCAGUGGAUCAAGAAGGACAUUCAACCUAAAAUUUCUAAUGAGGAAGGGCGGGACAAGGACAAACAACCUUUGGUUGAUCUACCUGAUCUGAAUAAGGAUUCGGCUAAAGCACCUACUGUUGCUGCAAUUCUCCAAAUUUCCUAA